AUGUCUCUUCAACCCUUCUUUGAAUUGCAUCCAUUCGAAGACGCGUUUUCUGACUUUUUGAGUUAUUCCCCCCGCCUUCAACGUCAAAAUCGCAAUUUCGAUUUAUCACCUGCCAUUGAUGUUCACGAAGGCAAAGAUACUGUUGCCGUUGAUGUAGAGCUUCCUGGUGUCAAAAAAGAAGAUGUUCAAGUCCAUUACGACGAAGGAAAACUUACCGUUUCUGGUGAAUCGUUGAAUGAACGCAACAACGAAGGCGAUAAAGGAAACCAACGAUGGUCCGAACGUCGCUUUGGUUCCUUCUCUCGAACAAUCAGCAUCCCGACCAACAUUGAUUCUGACCGCGUUGAAGCCCAAUUCACCAAUGGAGUUUUAAGCAUCAUCUUGCCCAAGAUGGAACAAUCUCAUUCGAAGAAGAAAAUUACCAUCAACUGA